AUGUCAGACGAGAACAUCAUCGUGAAGCGGAAUGGCACCAUAUUCCUCGGAGGGCCACCCUUGGUGAAGGCCUCCACUGGUGAAGAAUUUGUGUGCGAUCCGUGCUUACGAGAGGAUUUGGGAGGUGCUGACGUGCACACCUCCAAGUCUGGGGUGGCAGACCACUUUGCAGAGAACGAACCCCAGGCCUUGGCAAUGUGUCGAGAAGUGCUGAAGUACACGGGCGGACACGAUGCUGCACUGCCUGAGGCCUUGCAGCUUCACGUGGAACCCGAGGAACCUUUGCUGGACGCUGAAGAAUUGCUUGGGAUCAUUCCUGAGGACAACUCAAAGGCCUUUGAGGUUCGGCAGGUCAUCGCCCGGCUGGUGGACGGCUCACGAUUUCACGAGUUCAAAGCUCGUUACGGUGUCACCUUGGUCUGUGGAUUUGCACACAUCCAUGGCUAUCCUGUUGGAAUUGUGGCCAACAACGGAAUUCUUUUUGGCGAGUCCGCACAGAAGGGCGCCCAUUUUGUGCAGCUGUGUGGGCAACGGAAGAUCCCGUUGCUCUUCUUGCAGAACAUCACCGGCUUCAUGGUCGGGAAGGCGUACGAGAACAGUGGCAUUGCCCGCGAUGGCGCUAAGAUGGUCAAUGCGGACCAGCUCAAGCGGCAGGGCAAAGCAGCGAUGACAGAAAAGGAGCUGAGCGAUUUCAAGAAGCCGACCUUGGAGAAGUAUGAAGCAGAAGGCAGCGCUUACCACUCGACUUCACGACUGUGGGACGAUGGUAUAAUUGAUCCUCGCGACACCCGCCAUGUAUUGGGUCGCUGCCUUCGAGUGUGCAGCCGGUCCCCGGGCUAUGGGUCAACGGGUGCUUAUGGCGUUUUCCGCAUGUGA